GCAGCCCAAGGUCACACUGCUCCUGUAUUGUUGUUGUGGUGCGCUUAUAAAUUGCUGGAUAUUUCCAUUUAAGUGCUCAUUUUUUGUUGUUCCUGCAAACGUAUUUGUCGUUUUCCAGUAAUUCCCGUACGAUUCCCGUAACAAAGUUCACGACUUCGACAACAACGCAAUUGUAAUUUGGCAAUGUUUUUGCUGACAGCAUUAUUGUGACCUACCAACGAGCAAUAACAAAUAACAACGGUAAAAAUGCAGCGACUGCUGACUUCGCUGCUGCUGCUUCUUCCGGGGAUUCUGGCCGUUUCACAAGUGUCCACCGAGGAGGUCAACAUUGUCCACUAUCAGCCCGAGCAAGUGCAUCUGGCCUUUGGAGAACGCACCGAUAGCGAGAUAGUCGUCACUUGGUCCACGCGCAGCCUACCGCCGGAUCCGGAAGUGACUGCGGUCAGCGUGGUGGAGUACGGUCAGCUGGUGGCCGGACAGGCCAAGCUCACCCAACAGGCCCUUGGCACAGCCACUAAAUUCGUGGACGGCGGCCACAAGCACGCCACACAGUUUAUACACAGGGUGACUCUUAGGGACCUGGAGCCAAAUACCACCUAUGCCUACCAUUGUGGCAGUGCCUUCGGUUGGUCAGCAAUCUACCAGUUCCGCACGGUGCCCUCCGCUUCCGUUGACUGGUCACCAUCACUGGCCAUUUAUGGGGAUAUGGGCAAUGAGAAUGCCCAAUCCCUGGCUAGAUUGCAGCAGGAGACGCAGCGCGGCAUGUACGAUGCCAUCAUCCAUGUGGGUGACUUCGCUUACGACAUGAACACCAAAAAUGCUCGUGUGGGGGAUGAGUUUAUGAGGCAAAUCGAGACUGUGGCCGCCUAUCUGCCAUACAUGGUAGUGCCUGGCAAUCACGAGGAAAAGUUCAAUUUCUCGAACUAUCGCGCCCGUUUCACCAUGCCGGGAGGCACAGAGAAUCUGUUCUACAGCUUCGACCUUGGACCAGUUCACUUCGUGGGCAUAAGCACAGAAGUCUAUUACUUUCUUAACUACGGCCUGAAGCCGUUGGUUUUCCAGUUCGACUGGCUACGUGAGGAUUUGGCCAAGGCUAAUUUGCCAGAGAAUCGGGCCAAGCGUCCUUGGAUUAUCAUCUAUGGCCACCGGCCCAUGUACUGCAGCAACGAAAACGACAACGACUGCACCCACUCGGAGACCCUCACCCGGGUGGGUUGGCCAUUUGUUCAUAUGUUCGGUUUGGAGCCUCUGCUCUAUGAGUUCGGCGUGGACGUGGCCAUUUGGGCGCAUGAGCACUCCUACGAGCGACUGUGGCCCAUUUACAAUUAUGAAGUACGCAAUGGAACGCUAAAGGACUCUCCCUACGAGGACCCCCGUGCUCCUGUGCAUAUCGUUACGGGAUCCGCUGGCUGCAAGGAGGGCAGGGAACCUUUCAAGGGCAAGAUACCCGAAUGGAGCGCUUUUCACAGUCAGGAUUAUGGAUACACACGGCUUAAAGCGCACAAUCGCACUCACCUGCACUUCGAACAGGUGUCGGACGACAAGGACGGCGCCAUAAUCGAUGACUUCUGGUUGGUGAAAUCGAAGCAUGGGAGCUAUGAAAACUGAACCAGACGUUCAAAAUCUGACCCGUACCAUAUUCAAGCUAAAGGAGUCUCCAGGCAUCACACGCAUCAAUAGAAACUAGCAGUAUUAGCAGCGCACAUUCGUCACAACCUGACUACAAACUUAAACCAAUAAGCGUGUCACAUUCCUUAUCCGCAAAUCUCAGCCUUAGCUCAGAACAAACUACACUUUUUUUUUUUACUUACUUAGGACAAUUUUACAAAACCAGCAUUUACACAAUUUGCUCGGCGCUUUUGAAAGUGCAUUUAACAUGAGCUGAUACGAAGUAUGUACUUUAAAGUUAUUCUUAGAUUUUUAUCUCCCCAGUGUGUAACUUUGUGUUUCACAACUGGUACUUGCCUUGGAAAUGAAACUGUUUUUAAUAAUAGUUUUCAAUAUUUAUGACUUUGCUUUUAUCUAACUUCUUCUGGUUGCAUUUCGCACUUCUAACAUUUCCCUUCUAAAUAAACUGGGUUUAUUCUAUGCCACUCGGUUGAAUAUCUUCUUAUGGUGAUAUCGAUUUCUAUCUAAAAGUACCUUAAUUGCGAGUACCAAAAGUAUAUAUCUGACGAUAAACUAAUUGUUGUUUGUAUACCAAGUAUUUCCUUAAUAAAUGUCGUAAACUUUUAA